GGGGAAUCUAGGACCAAGAUUCGCUCAGGUUGCUUGGAACACCUCAAUAAACAAUCUCUCUCUUCUGGACUGGAAAAAAAAAAGCUUGAAGCACGCUUCCUAUACACAGAGGAGGCGAGGCGAGCUGAGAGGAGCUGAUGUAGUGUAGAAGUGGAAGAGAUUCAGAGCUAUAUAGUUUAUUUUGUGCUGAAGUGCUCUUCCUGGAUGCCGUUAGUGCUUCUGUUCAUGUAUUUUCCGGAAAAGAUUCCUUAUUGAAUCUUCUUUUUAUUCGGUGGUGAUUUGAAACGCGAUCGGAGCAAUUAGUGAACGUUUAUAUUAACUAACGUAAAAUACGUGAACGAUACGUCGUCGUUUUCACCGGCAUCAUCAUUGCCACCAUGGAAAGCGUAGUAAACGGUUGGACCAUCUGUGACGCCGUUCACGGAAAUGUGACGUACCCGUCGUACGUGCAGGAAAUUGUGGACACUCAGGAAUUCCAACGCCUUCGAAACCUCAAACAACUCGGGACCAGCUCGAAAGUGUUUCCUUCGGUGACGCAUACCCGAUUUGAGCACUGCCUAGGGGUUUCCCAUUCUGCUGACAAGCUGUUGAAAAUACUGGAACGGAACUCCGGUGUACAGAUAAGCCACAUCCAUCGGAAAUGUGUUGUGCUCGCAGCCCUACUGCACGACAUAGGCCAUGGACCCUUCUCGCACCUGUGGGAAUACUUUGUACACAGCGGGAGUGAUAAGCAUUGGACGCACGAGCAAUCAUCCUGCGAUAUGGCCCGCCAGUUAUUUGCCAACAACGAUAUCCAACUAUCUCAGGAAGCGUACGAGCACUACUACGCCGAGCAGUUGAUCUGCGCUCUCAUUACCGGCAAUCAGGACGCAUUGGACACCCUUCUGACGCCGGAUACAAUGUACAUGGCGGAGAUCGUUCACAACAAGCGCUACAAGAUCGACGUCGACAAGUGGGACUAUUUACUGCGAGAUUUGUUCUACCUCCGGAGCGCCGUUCAAAUUGGAACGGAUUUCGUGCAACUGUUUGACCAUGCGCGGGUGGUACGGGACGGCAGCGGUACCACACACAUCGGCUAUCGGGCCAGUGACUAUCGAUUGAUAGUGGCACUGUUCGAAGCUCGCACCAAGUUGCACAUCGAAUGUUACCAGCAUCCGGCCAUACUGGGGUUGGAGAAGCUGAUGAUUGACGCUUUGACGCAGGCGGAGGAGUGCGGAUUCAGAUUGCGAGGAACGAAAAUCUCCGAAGCACACCUCUCGCCCUCGAUCUACCUGUACCUGGACGACAGCAUAGUCAGCCUAAUCGAAGCCAGUGAAAACUCCAUGCUGCAAGGCGCUCAGCAACUGCUGGCUCGCAUCCGGCAACGCCGGAUGUACACCAAAAUUCACAUGUCCACCGAUGGACCAUGUGACAUCGAAGAUCUCAACAAACGAUUCGGAGCGGAAACGUUUUUCCAGGUUCACAAGCGGAUUCCCUACGCCAGCCAGAUGGCCCCACGAGAUGUUCCACUCUACGAACUGGUUGGUGACGGUGAGGUUCAGCUGAUUGAUGGACGCGAAGUGGUCGAAAGCGUCAUGAACAACCUUCAAGAUCAAGGUUUCUACGAGCAGUACAUAGUGUACUGCAAGAGCAAUGCCCCCAACGUUAUCCACUGUGCUCGCGAGUACCUUAUGGAGAGUAAGUCUACCACUCAAUCCGUUCAGUAAAGCGUGAUUAGUUCUUUUUAAUGGUUGGUGGGAAGGAAAGUUUUAGAAUUUAUUUGUUACCUGUCGCUGAAUGUUAUUUUAUUUUCUUUUAUAACACUUUUUUUUUCAUGAAAUAUUGUUAUCUUUUUUUAAUUAAAUAAAUUUUCAAAUGUACUUAAACCAGGUUUCAGUUAGGGCUCUUUCCAUAAGAGGCAAGACAAAUCGAAGACUUUUUUUUUCGAUGCAUCAAUUGACCGAUCAAAUAUCCCAAGUAACAUUGCAAGCAGGCUUACUUCCACUCACUUGCUAUAAAAACAUGAUUUUCUGAAUUUUGAAAUCAUUAGAUGUUAUAAUCAUAUUUUGUACUUGUUAGACAAGAAGAGGUUGAAAGGCAAGUGUUGGACACAUGAAACUUGUCAAAUUUGCUUUCAGAUAGUCACAAUCAGCGAUUUUACGACUCGCGAGCGCUCACUCUGAGUGAACGCUCACGAAUCAUAAGAUCGCUGAUUGUUACACUCUGGUAGCGAAAUUGACAGAUUUUAUGAGUCAAACACUUGCCUUUCAACCUCUUCUUGUAUCUAACAAGUACAAAAUAUCAUUAUAACAUCCAAUGAUUUCAAAAUUCAGGAAAUAAUUUUUUUUUAUAGCAUGUGAGUGGAAGCAACCCUGAUUGCAAGUUAUAUAGUGGUUUUAAAGUAUGCUACAAGUCUAAAUCAUGGUCUACAGAACCCUUAUAAAACCAAAAUUGUUACUUGGAAUGUUUCAAUAUAAUAGAAUAGUUGAGUACUCAGUUCAAUAGCUCGAUAGAAUCGUGCUCUACUGAUGAGUGAACGAUUACAAAAAAACCGACUCCAAAGGUUUUCUAAUCUUUUGUUCCCUUGUCGGUUCCGAAACAGGUAGAUCGUAGUCGUAU